GAAAUGGAGUGGAUCGAAUCCAGAGUAGACCAGCCACAAUUCCGGUGGGAGCUGACCCAGUGCUCAACGAUAAGCGGGUCGUUCGAAGUCCAUAACCUAAGCCAUCUAUGCCGGAGCUCGCAGAACGCCAUUACAUUGCACUAUAACAGUCCCACUGUCGGAGAUAAAUGGGUGAUUGAAAUCGUUAUCCGCGACAAAAGUACGGAAUGGAUCGGUGUCUACCUGAAACCCAAGCCAAUUACGAGGCUAGCACUUGCUCGAGCAGACUUCACGUUGAAAUCCGAGAAUGGAGAGACUAUCGCCACUUACAAUUUUGAUAAGAUUCACGAGUUUGUUCCCGACAACUAUGGCUGGGGAACGAGACAGUUCUGUCGGAUCGACACCAUCUCCGACAAUGAGGUGUUGAGAGUCAAUGAUGUCCUAAGGUUGGACUAUGCCGUUGCGGAAUACCCUGAGGGGUAUCACAGCUGGACUCUUGGACUACGUCCUCCGCUGCAGCAGCUCAGCGAUGUGUUGGCCUCUAUGUUUGAUGAUCCGGACACCGCGGAUGUCUGCUUCAUGAUAGACCACCCGCAUGCGUCUCGGACAUGGCCUAGGCCCAUAUAUGCCCACACUAAGUUCCUUGCAGCGCGAUGCGACUAUUUCAAGACAUUGUUCAGUUCGGGUUUCGUCGAGAACAAGGAAUCCCUCUCUGGUCUAGGUGAUAUGAACUGGGAAGAGUCAGCAUGGGAGCAGGGCAGUGACUCCGACUAUGAUUAUCCUGCUACCGAAGAAAAUGAGGAACCACCGGUUGGCGCACUCUCACCUUACCGCCACCGUUCGCUCGCUGAGGAGACGGAGGCAUACCCGAUAGUGGAAGAAUUAUUACCGGUGGGAAGUAGUACUCCAAGGUCGACUGGAGGUGGUAUGGAUCGAAGAAGAGGAGCCGAAAGAGCCCGGAGGAUCGUCCAUAUCUCCGAUUUCUCGUACAGGACGUUUAGGACUGUCUUACAUUUCCUGUACACCGGAUGCAUUGCGUUUGCGCCCCUUACGUCCGCCUAUCGGGUCGGUGUGGCUCAGAAGACUCUCCUUGACGACGAAUUACAGGAUCGGCGCAUAUUCAACCAGCGACGGGCUAUUGCGAUAUCUCCCACCGGUCAAGUCGGGAAUAUCCCGUGGGCUAGUCCAAAAAGCAUAUACCGACUCUCGGACAAGCUUGGCAUCCCGGACUUGAAGGCAGCAGCGGGCCAGGUUAUCAAGGAGUCGUUAACCCCCGCAACUGUCGUGUACGAGCUCGGGUCGCCGUUCACUUCUCUGUUUCCAGACAUCCUCCAGACACAAGAGGAAUACGCGGAGAAUCACUGGGCGGAAGUAUGCAGGACCGCCAGCUUUGACGAGCUUCUCGACUCCGUGUUCCAGUCCUACCCUCCCACACAAGCUAAGAUAUGGCUAAGGCUCAUCAAGUCUGCCGUAAGAAAUAAUCAGAGCACUAGACUCAACCCAUUCUGCUGA